GCUAACCCUAGCGCCGCCGCACACACGCUCGCUCACACCACCUCUCCACCCGCCGCCGCCGCCGCCGCCGCCGCCGCUGCCGCGCGAAGGGAGCAGCCAGGAUGCCGGCGGGACACGGGCUGAGGUCUCGGACGCGCGACCUGUUCGCGCGCCCGUUCAGGAAGAAGGGGUACAUCCCGCUCACCACCUACCUCCGCACCUACAAGAUCGGCGACCACGUCGACGUCAAGGUGAAUGGCGCCGUGCACAAGGGCAUGCCGCACAAGUUCUACCACGGCCGCACCGGCCGCGUCUGGAACGUCACCAAGCGCGCCAUCGGCGUCGAGAUCAACAAGCAGGUCGGGAACCGCAUUAUCAGGAAGAGGAUCCAUGUCCGUGUGGAGCAUGUGCAGCCAUCCAGGUGCACGGAGGAGUUCCGCCUGAGGAAGAUCAAGAACGACCAGCUCAAGGCUGAUGCCAAGGCUCGUGGUGAGGUCAUCAGCACGAAGAGGCAGCCGGAGGGUCCUAAACCUGGCUUCAUGGUUGAGGGUGCCACACUUGAGACUGUCACCCCCAUCCCGUAUGAUGUGGUCAAUGAUCUCAAGGGUGGUUACUAGGAUGUUCGAUCUAUCUGCCUGCUCUACCAAUUCUAUAUCCCUGUCACUCUAAUGAGUAGAAGUUUGCUCGCUCUGAGCAGUAGUCUGGACCUUUGUUCUGUGUGGUUCCUGUCAAAAAAAUAUUCGUCGCAGAUCAUUGUGGCGAGUUUUGCAGAAUGCUUUAUACUGUGCUACUAUUUGCUUUUGAGAAUGAAGAUAUGCUCUGUUGAACUUCU